CACCUCCAUUCCACCAGAUAUUUAAACCAUGACAACACUAACAACAAAACAUCUUCAAAAAUGGCUAGUGCCAUUCUCUCAUACACUCCCUCAAAUUUUCAACAACACAAUAUAACUCAACACAGAAUACCCAGCAGGAUUUGCUUUAGGCCGAAUCAUCCCCAACAAAUAUAUAAGUUCCGAUGCACAGGAGAAAAUACAACCGACAAUAAAACUAGUACUAAUUCUCAAGAUUCCGAAAAAAAUAAUGUAGUGCUCAAGGUGGCCUGGUAUAGCUCAGAGCUUCUCGGGAUCGCUGCUUCUGUAUUUCGGCCAUCCUCAAAAAGUAUUGAAGGUUCUAGUAGUGGCCGUAAAUUAUCUGGUGAUGGUUUAGGUGGUGCAGUUGAUCGUGCCAUGGUGGUGGAGACGAUCAAAGAUGAUUUCCAACGCUCCUACUUUGUUACAGGAGCGGUGACAGUUGAUGCCUAUGAAGAAGAUUGCGAAUUCGCUGAUCCUGCAGGUUCCUUUAAAGGUCUGAGUCGGUUUAAAAGAAAUUGUACUAAUUUUGGAUUACUGAUUGAAAAAUCAGACAUGAAGCUUACAAAAUGGGAGAAUUUUGAGGACAAAGGAAUUGGACACUGGCGUUUUAGCUGCAUCAUGUCUUUUCCGUGGAAACCAAUACUUUCAGCCACUGGUUUUACUGAAUACUACUUUGAUGCACAAACUGGGAGAGUAAACAGGCAUGUGGAGCACUGGAAUGUUCCGAAAAUGGCUCUGUUGAAGCAACUUGUAAAGCCUAGCAAAUAUUUCUGGUCAAAGAAAACUAAAGAUGGCUAAAGAACAUAUACUAAAUGUACAAACAACUAUCCAGAAUGCAAACAAGCCCUACAAAUUCGUUCCUUGCUGAAUGAAAUGACUGAUAUCUUCAACUGGGGUAAAUACAAAUUAUGGUGUUGCCUUGCCAAUGUGUUCUGUCUGCAUGAUGUACAUAAAGAAAAUUGGUAUCACUUGUGUCUCAUCACAUACCUUGAAGAUCUGCUUUAGUAAUCUAAUCAGUCAAUUCUCGCGAUUUUUAACUAAUAGUUCUCAUACUUUUGUGAAUAAAGUUUCUCUCAUCUUU